UUCUUCAUCCCAACGAAACGUUUCUGGCUUCUUCUAAUACGCCUCUUAGGGUGAAGCAUGACCAACCACAGCAUAACGGUGGUGUUGAUGACGCUCUUGUUCACAUGUUCUGGGGCUGCUCGCUCCUUACCUUUGUCUACAAAAAGAAAUGGGGAGUUCCUCAGUCCUUACCAGGCAGCUGGCGUAGUACUUGAGGCAGCGUCAAAACCUUGCAGCUCCGUCAUUCUCCUCACUGAUGGCAGGAACUCACCCUUUUCUGAAUCCGAUGGCAUCCGUCAGUUGGUGGCUACCUGGAGUGUGGGGGUAUUUGAAGUGGCAGUGGACGGCCACGACGCUAACGUGACGCAGGCGCAACUCUCCCUGGUGGUCGACGCGGCUCGGCGGCUGCGGCAGGUGUCAUGGUGCGUGACGGUGGUGGUGGUGAGCGACGACCCAGCCUUCCUCGCCGCCUUCGCCGAGUGGUCCCUCAAGGGCCGGCUUCUGGUGUGGUCGACGAGGCUCCUUGCUGUCACCUGCCUACCCCUGUCAGAGGUGGGUGACCUCCUAACCUCCCACUGGACCUUCUCCAUGAUGAACACCAUGUUGAUUAUUUUGGAAGAUAUGUUGAGGCAACCCAGAUUCAGCGUGUAUGUAAACCUUCCUUACACCGCCUCAGGAGCCACUUUAGUCCGUGCUGCGUUGUGGAUGACAAAGCGUGGCCUCGUGCUGAUAAAAGGCCUUAAAUUGUUCUCAGAGAAAUUCAUCAAGGUUGAAGAGCUAAUGACCACCGUAACAAUCUUUGAUUCUUAUUUUUCAUCUUAUGAACAAAUUGAAGUGGAUUAUGAUCUGUAUAAACUAUCACUGGGUAAGCACCAACUCCUGUGUCACAUGCAUCCAAUUGUAUCACAAACUGUUUCUUAA